UUUAAAUAUGAGUGAAAUUUCCAUCACGAGUUCUAUGCUGAAGAUCGAGGAGUCUACACCCAGAAGGAAACAAGACUCUUUUGUGAAUGAUAUUAGCUUUAGUGAUUUGUCAAUUGAUGCUAAAGCUUGCUGUCCUAAAUUAUGAUCUCCAGAUGUGGUACAUGAAUGAAGUAACAAAAGUCCGUUCUCAGUGACUUUUUCAGAUUUAGCAUCUUGCUUUAACUCAAACUCUAUUAAAACUAAAAAGAGUAUUCCUAAAGUUGAUCGAGCAUUGCCAGAGGGUCCAAAUGAAGAGACUAAGACUGGUGCUAUCAAGGCACAGAACCAGACUGUCACUGAUAAAGUAUCUGUAAUGGCUGCUAAUUGGGAAAAUAAGGAAAAGGAGAAGAUUAAAGAAGUUAAGAGAAAAGCUGCCCAUUGGAAAAAUAAAAUUAAAGCAAUGAAGGAUAAAGAUAGGAUUUCAGAGCUCUUGAAAGCUAAAAUAUUAUCUCUAAAGGCUUCAAGAGAUUUGAGCAGGACCUGGAUUCAUGUUUGAUUAGAUGAUUUCUAUGUUUCUGUAGCAAUUCUCAGGCAACCUUUGUUAAAAGGAAAGCCUGUAGUUUUAAGCAGUGAAGAUUCAAUAUAAGCAAAGUUUCAGAAGAAAGAAAGAAAAACUCAGACAACUCUUUUAUAGCUUCGGCUAACUCUCUAGCUUCAGAGUUUAACUUGAAACCAGGAAUGCCAAUUGCUUUGGCUAAACAGUUGUGCCCUGGAGUAAAAGUUGUUGAUCAAAAAGACUGCAGAGAUAGUGCUUCAAAGAAAGUUUCGGAUAAAUUCAGAGAUAUUUUGGUCAAAUAUGAUAGAGAUUGAGAAAGUAUAGGCCUAGAUGAAUGCAGCCUUGAUAUUACUGAUUAUUUGUACAGAAAUAACAUGCACACUCUUGAUUGAAAAGAACGACUUGCUCAAGAAAUCAGAGAGAAGGUUUAUAAAGCUACUGAACUCACUUGUAGAGCAGGAGUUGGCGCAAACAAAUUACUUGCCAAGAUUUGUGCGAGUGUAAGCGCUCCAGAUGGAUGUUAUGUUCUUCCUAAUGAUUCAGAGCAGAUAGAAGAUUUUACUUCAGAUCUUAAUAUUGAUAAGAUCCCUGGGAUAGGUAUAUCUGCUAGAAGAGAACUCAAUGAGCUUGGAAUUUACAAAAAUAGAGAUAUACUUGACAAAGCUUUGGAAAUUUACUGUAUUUAUAAUGAAAAGAAUGUCAACAGAUAUUUACUAGAUGCUCUGGGAAUUUCAAGGAAUGUUCAUGAUAUCACGAUGAAGAAACCUAGUGAAAAUAUUAUCACUAUUUCUGAGACUUUCAAGCCAAUUAGAGACAAGAAAGUGCUUUAUGACAAAAUAAAUCAGCUCUCAGCCUUGGCUGCAGAUCAAUGCUGAGAGAAAGGUGUUUUAGCUAAGAGAAUCAAGAUUGAGAUUAAGAAUCAGCAAUAUGAAUCUGCAAUCAAGAGGAGAUCUUUGAUUCAUCCGAUAGGAACCAAACAGCAAAUUGCUAAGGAAGUUUGUUAUAUGGUCGAUGAAAUACACCCGAUUGGGAUAACAAGAGUCCUUACUAUAUAUCUGAGAGAUUUGGUAAAGAAAAGUAAAUAUCUUCCGAAAAAUAGCAUCGGUGACUAUUUUAAAAAACACAAAAACAAACGUGAAUAUUUUAAAGAAGUAAAAAAGAAUUUGAAGAAUGCUCCGGUUUCAAAAACUCUAAUAGGUUCCAAUGUAUCAUCAAAGCGGAAUGUUGAUAUCCCAAAGAAUGUUCCAGGAUCGAUCCUGUCUUUCUUCCAAAAGUCUAAAUAAAAACAGUGAAAUUCUAAAUUUAAAGUGGGA